GCUAGGUGCAGUACAGUUUAUCGACUAGUGUGUUGUAUCGAGUGGUAUGACUACUAUCUCUUAUCAAAUUGUCUAACAAAGUAGCAUUACUUAAUACUGAAUGGAUUAUGUAUCUUACAAUGACUACGGGUGACGUUAAUGAAGUUCCAGACCGCAAGAGCGAUGGAGCAAUUGCAGCUAAUGCAGCUGGCGCGACGCCCACAGUAUCAGCUUUGAAUGAUACUUGCAAAGAGAGAGAAAGUAGUGGUACAGCACAUGCAGUAGCUACAAUUGAUCCGACUAGUGAUGAUAAGAAUCCGGUAGAUGCUAGAAAUCAGAGCGACAUAUCCAGUGACACUACACGUGCACAACCCAUAUUAGUUGAGAUGGACAACGGUGACAAACCUGAUAACCCUGACAAGGCAGCAUACCUAGUAUGGAAACGCACUCCCAAAGACGCUACGAAGUGUGAGAGGCUAAGAGACUGGCUACUGUAUGCGAUCGAUGCCACAUUCCUAUCUACCCCUGCGGUAGUGAUAUGGUUAAUUCUGGUUGUGAUCGUAGGUGCUUUUUUUUUUCUCUUGGCGGUGGGCGCCCUGAAAAUUGGUAACGAGGACAAUACAAAGGAGUGGCUUAAUUACAGUAUACAGGCCUUGAAUGUUCUGUUUACGUACACAGCUAUAUUUACUCUCGUAUGGCGUUUGUCCAAUGCUGUACACCUUCUCACCGAGCGUAGAAGCUCAGAGAGGGGUUUGGAUAUGUAUGGCCAGCCCACUAUGAGUAUCUGGUUCCACUUAUCCCAUACACGGAGAUUGAUGAUCACAUUGACACUUCUUGUAAAUUGUGUCACCCAAUAUCUCAAUCAAGCCAUGCGACUCGUCUACUUCAGUGUAGAAGACAGUCAAUCUAUGCCCGGAGUCCUGUUAACAAACCUGUUCUUUGUGAUCUCGUUUUUGGCCGGGGCCAUCGCGGGUGUGGCGCAGUUAGCAGGAGAGUCGAAGCUGCGUCACUUGCACCCACAUAUAUACCGGUGGAGUGGCAUGACAGAUCCUGUUGACAAAUUAUACCGUUUAUACUGUAGUAUAGUUCAUUCAAGAGAUGAAGGUCUAAAUCUCAGCACAACUAAUCUUGGGCGGAGGCGAAGCGCAUUUGCGUUUAAUCCAUUCGGCAAGUCAGCUGUACCCAGGAGAGGUACCACUGGCAUAAUAGUGGAGGAACCAGUUGAUUCCGGGCAGCCAAGAAAUGAUACUACUAGCAUAGUAGAGAAGCCAGCAGAUGUCGGAAGAUCAAUACGAGACCUCGCUGACGUUAUCGCUGAGGAGCCAGUGAAGUCGGUCUGAUUCGACAUUAGCUUGGUCAAUCAGUCUUGAUAUCGCCUUUAAUGGAGGCUCGAUUUGCCUAGCGAUGCUAGAAAUCACGGCAGACCUCGAUUGAAAAGAAACUUAAAUGGUUGGAGCGACUUGAUAUGCCUACAAGUCGAUGCCGACCCCACCCCUUUUGCAAACCCCUGACCUAACACCAGGCUCGUUAAGGAGCGUCGAUACUCCAUUACUGUAUGCUAUAGAAGCAUGGAUUUAUGUCUGUGAUAUGCAAAUCGUCUUGGCCCACAACAAAGUGUCUAAUAACAUUUACCUAUUCCAGAGCAUGCUACUUCCGAUUCGAGCGAUGGGAAUUGCACUGCACCUCUGUACUGAAUAUAGUAUAGCAUAUAAAAAGAAAAGAAAUAAAGAUAUUCAGGCAUCUCAUUUGACGUAUUGAUAGAC